UUGGCUGGCUGGGGAAUUCUGGGAGUUGAAGUCCACAGGUCUUAAAGUCACCAAGGUCCCUGGUGUAGAUGAAUUUUCCCUUCCCUUGCUUUUUACAACUUCUUUUUAAAUGCUUCUCUGUGGUUCCCUCUCCCCCUUCUGGACCUAGAUAUAAUGUUGAUUCUUUUUUAAAUAAUUUGAAGGAUGAUGUGCAAACCCAACCCAUUUCUUAAAAUUGCCCAAUUGGAUACUGCCCUUCUAGCUCAGUUAUCCUCUUGAGUUCACUCGCAAAAAUUGGAGGUAUCCCCUGUCGGUUUGCCAAAAUAUGUGUGUCGUAGAGAGCAAAUGCGUACUAACUCUAAUUAAUAAUGCAGUUUAUGAAUUCAUUCGUAUAUAUAAAUUUCCGAAGCCUCAUCCGGUUUAUCACAUAUCAUCCCAAAUAAAAUAGCCAAAUGUAUAAACCGUGACUGAAGUGUUGAUAAUCCGGUGUUAAUCUCACUGUGUUCCUGUGGCUAAGGUUUAUUCUUGAUUUUUCUAAGGCAAAAAUCACUUGACUUGAGGCCGACAGAACAAAAUUUGGACGUUAGAUUGUAACAUUUAGCCAACCCCCCCCCCAAAACCCCACUCAUUCUCAGGCAGGAAAUUUGAUUAUGAUUUCAGUUUUGUCCAUUAGCAUAGUUUUGCCCUACUGGUCUGUAAUUCCGAAUCACUGGGAACAAGCUGCUCUUAUCUGUUAAUUGGCUUAUAACAUUGUUAUUGUUUUCAUAUAUAAUCCAGGCACAUGCUCCUUUCCUAAAUCUUUGUAGAAUUUUAAGGGCAUCCGGUGGGAGAAGGUAUCAAAAAAGUCAAAAUCAUGUCCUCGGUCUCGGAAUCAAACCCUUGUCACUUUGGUACACAAGUUGUGCAUUUGACACCGGCAGGGCUUCGAUGGUAGGAUCGUGGUCAUUUUGUCUUUUCCUAUAAAUGUCCUUCAUGUUAUUAUUUAAGAUGAAUCAGAAAGAGUUUCAACAGGUGAUGGGUUUUUCGACCAGUGUUUUUCAAACCUGGCCACUAUAAGAAGGGCAGAUUUCAACUCGUAGAAUUCCCCAGCCAACAUUCUGGCUGAGGAAUUCUGGAAGUUGAAAUCCAGACCUCUUAAAACAGCCAAAUUUGGAAAACAACCCCCCCCCCCCCAUGUUUUAGAUGUUACCAUAGCCAUUCUAGUAAUUACAUUGCAAGUCUUAUUCUGUUCUUUGUGUUCUCUUUAUGCUAAAGCUUUUCUGCAGGACCUUAUCAUGUUCUUGUAAACUUUUUUGAUUCCUCUCUAACUCAUUGUUUCCCAACCUUAUCUAUUUUAAGAUGUGUGGACUUCAAUUCCCAGAAUAUCCCAGCCAGCAGUGGAGUAUUCUGGGAGUUAAAGUCCACACAUCUUAAAAUGGAUAAGGUUGGGAAACACUGUUUUAAUUCUAUUCAGGAGGUACACAGAUCUUAAUUAGUCUGGAUCUUGAUCUCCAGUGUAAAAUGAAAGCCAGAUUUAGACGUCCAAUCAGUGUUGUCUUCCAUUCAAGAGUCUUGAUGUACUUUAAUUUAAAGUUAGUCGAAGCCAAAGAUUCCCUUUCCUGGUGUAGACAGGUUUCUAAAAUCUUGUUAGUACAUAGAUUUUUUUUCUCUUUAAAUCAAACCCAAAUGUUAAAAUCCCAAGAGAUGGUUAUUUGUGCCUUGAGCAGUGGAGAUUUUAAAAUUAGUUGACCUAUCUUUUGCAGAGGUUCUGUGUUCAAUUCAGCAUGGUGCCUGGUUUCCCUGAUUUUUCAAUAAUGGAUAAGAUGCAAAUUCAAAUUGAGCUUUUCCCCCCAGUAGCUUGACUUUGUUUUUAAUUUACCAACUGUUGUGGGUUGCCACAAUACCUUCAGCAGCUGUUUCUUCUGAUUUUUCUAACUUUGUGAAAAUCUUGGCAAUAGAUAUUAAUGCGUUGGUGGUAGGUAUAAAUAAGGCCCAAAAUGUAUUAUUACACCCAGAAUUAAUUUUCCCUAGAGUUAUGGCCAAGCUGUAUUUCAGUCAUCCAUUUGGUGAAGCCUAGCACCCGGGGUCUUGCCCUUCGAAAGCCAAAAGAGAUCCAAGACAGGGGCCUAAAUUCAUAAAUGCUUUUUUUAAAAAGUCCACUGAUCCUAGUCUGUGAGAUUUAGUGCCAAUGAAUUUGAAGCCAGAACUUUGCCAGUACAUAACAUUUGCAUUUUCUUUUUCUCUGAUUCAACUAAAUAUGAUAGGUUUCCCACAUUGUUUUCUGAUUUGGCAGUCUUGCCAACACAUAUAUUGCUGCUAAAUUUUCUGGCCUUCUGCACUUAGCAAAUUGCUCAUGUAUCUUUAAACCUGAAAAUUAAUCCAGAUCAUAUUCAGAUCUUCCUUUGAGUAGCCAAAUUUCUCUUGAUUCCUCCCCCCCACCCCUCCUCCUCCCUUUUUAUCUCCCUUCUCCUCCUCCCUUCAUUUCAUUCAUUUUCUCCUUUUCUUUGUCUCCAUCUUCCUUCCCCUCCUCCUCUUCCUCCUCCUCUUUCUUUCUCUCUUUCUCCCUUCUUUGUCUUCAUCUUCUCCUUCUCCCCUUCUUCUACCUUCCCUUCCUUUUUUCCCCUAUUCUAUCUUUCACUGUCUCCGUCUCCUUUUCCUCCUUCCCGUUCCCUUCCCCCCCCGCCCCCUUCUACAUAAAUUAGGAGCCCUUGCUUAAACGAAUAAGAAGAAUAACGGGCUUUUACUAGCAAGCUGAGGGACUUCAUUAAAAACCUAAGUCGCGUACGUAACUCUUGAGUUUUAUAGUUGUAGAUACCGUUAUGUAAAUAUCCUCAAAGCAGUCAUGUGUAUACCUUGCCCUAUCUUAUACUUGCAGCAGCUAUAAUUUGUGGUGGUUUUAGUUUAGCAUCCUUUGCUUUUAAGUCUUUGGAUAAUAAGAACCCCGACUCUGUACGUGGAAAGACACCCCGUGGAAUCGCCUAGCGUGCUAGUUCAGCAUUCCCCCAGUCCAACGCUCCCUUUGACAGAACCCAAGUCAAAUCUGGAGCCUAAUCCUGGCUCAACGCCCUGCCAAUCAUCUGCAAAUACCCUUUUUCUACAGCUCAUGCUCCAAGAAGGAACGAGAGGUUGUGAUCUCAAGCAUCCCUGAAUUAGGAUUCUUUUAUGGCUAAAUAAAAGACUGGGCUUUCCAGAAGAAUUCAUGAUGAAAGGGAGGCCCUCAGGGAUGACCCAAGAAACAGCGAAUUAGAUGUACGGAGUAUUGGUAUUGUGAUCCUUGUCUUUAAAGAUUGCGUUCUGCUUUUUCACUCCUCCCACCAUCCUCAACCACCAUCCAAAUGAAACCGGGAGGACUUCCUCCAGCCACCUGCGAAGGUCUCCUUUUCAAGUUCUCUGAAGGCCAUAAAGCUAUCAGAUAGAGCAGACAAGGGUUGGUGGAAAGAUUCUAUGGUUUGGUCACCCCACUAGGCCACCUUCAUCUUGGCUGGAUCCAUAGGCCGUCUGUGUGGGAGAACGCUAAAAUAGGCACAUAGAAGUUUGAUUCAGGGAAAAACCCUCAAGUGGAAAGUAGAGGUCUUCAGAGAACCUUGUACCCCUUUCCUUCCCUUGUCCGACCCCACAUUUUCUUCUCUGUCCCCAAAAAGCCACCAUCAACCCCUUUAAUACCCUAAAAGGACAUAUAUUUUUUUAAUAUUUUACUGGAGGCGAUCAGCACAAUCAUUUUAACUGCACCGUGCAGGUCCCUUCAUUGGAGAUCUUUUGAACCAUUUUUAAAAAAGAUGAUGUCUCUCUCUGGAAAGCUAAACCUGAAGCUCUGAUCAAGCAACCAGCCCUUCAGAUGUUCCGUUUUUCUUGUUGGGUGUGGAUGUCUCUGUGUGAAUGUAUGCCAGCUUCAUCUCGUUGAGCAGUUGUUCCAGUCAUCAUCCCUUCCUCAUAUGCCUGCUCUUCUUAAGGUUUGUUGUUUUUUGGGGGGGUGGGGGUGAAUUUAUUUCCCUACCAGUAGUAAUUUAGUUCUCAGUCAAUUUUAGGGGGUCUCAUGUAUUUAAGGAAGAGGUUUGAUGGACUAAGGUACGGAUCUCCAACCUUGAAGACUUGUGGACUUCAACUCCCAGAAUUCCUCAGCCAGCAAUGAAUUCUGAUGAAUUCUGGGAGUUGAAGUCCACAAGUCUUCAAGUGGCCAAGAUUGGAGAUUCCUGGACUAAGGGGUAGUUGGCCAGUAUAUCUGUUUUAGCGUGUUGGUUGGGUUGAGUAACGUUCCAAAAACAAGACUCUGAAACACCAACGGAUGGUAGGUGCACAUCAUUCACUUAAUGACGAUUUUUAGAUUUUACUGUGACCUCUUCUUGAAAUCCAUGGUUGUUGGUUUUUUUUUUGUUUUGUUUUUUGGGUUUUUUUGGGUUUUUUUGCACUUGUAUUUGCGGGGUGGGAGAAGUGGGAGGGGGAAAUCCCAACGUGUUAAAAAGUAAAAAUAAUAAAAAAUAAAUAAAAACAAAAAGUUAAUUAUUAAAAAGAAAAAAAAGAAAAAAACAAUCAAAGUAUAGAUGCAUUUGAAAAGCAAUUAUAUAAAUAUAUAUAUAUACAUAGAAUAUAUAUAUAUAUAUAUUUUGUUAUGUUUAUUUAAAGGGUCGUCCUUUAAAUUGUAUGUAAGUAGCUGUGGCUUUACGCACUUUGUGGAUUGUUAACACUCGCAGGUCCUGAGCUCCUGUACAUACCUCCAGUUCCAGAAGGAAUUCUAUUAUGUUUUAGCAUGGUAAUUUAUGUAUUGUAUGUCUGAGUAGGAACUUAAAAGUGACAAAUAAAUAAAUAAAGAUUGCUAAAUUACCAGAAACCAAGAUUGUAAAAUAAAUGUUUUCAUGGCAAAAAAAAAACCCACCAAUCCUUGGCUUGAUUUGCAUUUUUUCUUUCUUUCUUCUUUGCCGUUUUCUAGCCAAAAUGGAUUUUAAUUGAAGAGGAAAUUCAUAUAAGUGGUAGCUGGAUUCAUUGUAUAGAUAGUCCUCAACUUACAACCAUUUGUUUAGUGACCAUUCGAAGUGUCAACAGCACUGGAAAAAAGUUUUAAUCCUGGCUUCCACCUUUGAAACACCAACUUUUGCCUCUGAGCUGAAAUGGCCCUUUAAGACCGAGUCGAAACUUAAACCACUGGUGGGGCGCAUGAGACACACGACAGUUAUAUUUCUGGAGCCUUCCAAGUAACAUGUGGCAGAUCCCUGGGGAACCCCAAGCCGUCAGGUGCUUCUGGGCUUCUCCAGCUUUUUCCCCACCGCCGUGUCCUACCAGGACACACAGAAGGAGCUGCGAACCUCCACAAACGGCUGCCUCGAACCCUGGUCAUGUCGAAGCACAUGGAGUACACCUCCUGCCCAAGAGACUGUCCCACCAUGGACAACUUGGAGAGGCAACUCAUCUGCCCCAUUUGCUUGGAGAUGUUCACCAAACCUGUGGUCAUUCUUCCGUGUCAGCACAACCUCUGCCGGAAAUGUGCCAAUGACAUUUUUCAGUCUCGAGGGACAACCCUGGGCUCUGCAGGGAGAUUCCGCUGCCCUUCGUGCCGCCACGAAGUUGUCCUGGACAGACACGGCAUUUAUGGCUUGCAACGGAAUCUGCUGGUGGAGAACAUCAUUGACAUCUACAAACAAGCGUCAGCAAAGGGACCAGAAAGACCUCUGUUGAAAACCGAGCACCCAACUUGCGAAGAGCACGAGGAAGAAAGGAUCAACAUUUAUUGUGUGACGUGCGCUGUUCCCACAUGCUCCCUGUGCAAGGUUUUCGGGGAACACAAGGAAUGCGAAGUAGCUCCACUCUCAGACAUCUGCACAAAGCGGAAGGCAAAUUGCAAAGCUCAGAAGCGGUCGCUGUGUGAGAAGUUUGACCGCAUGGGGGCAAUUCUGGAAGAACGGAGGAAGAUCAUGCUUCAGAGGAUCACGUAUGAACAGGAGAGCAAGGCCCAGCAUCUGAACGGGCUGAGCAAAGGAUGCAGUGACCACAUCGAAACUUCUUCCAAGCUGGUUGACACAGCCCUUCAAUCCAUGGAAGAACCUCAGAUGUCCGUUUUUGUCCAGAAUGCCAAAGUUCUCAUCCGAAAGAUUGUGGAGAUGACUGACACCUGCCAACCAGAAGUUCUGGAACCAGGAUACGACAACAUGGAACACUACACGGUGGAUUUCAACGCCGAGGAACGAAUCCUCUAUCAACUGGAUUUCAUUAAAGUUGAAGACCCCGAAUUGACGGCUGAAGAAGAAGGGGGCUGCGGGGAACCAGAAGACACUUUAGGAGAGACUGAACCAGAAGGUGGUGAGAGGGAAGAGGACCUCAAAGACCCUUUUGCCUUUGGAAAGGAAGACCCAUGGCAAGGAAUAUCUCCUCUGGUCAAUGGGACUCGGAAUGGUGCUGCCGUUGGGGCAGGAGCUUCAACCCCAGAGCUCACUCAAUCUCUAGCUGAAACCAGCCAAGAAAGUAACAUAUGGUGCACCCAGCAGGGUCAGCUGGAUGGAGGACUCCAGGUGACUGAUUCACCUCUGCCUGAGGGUGACCUAGCAGAUAAUGGACCUAUUCAAAGCAUGGAGCAAUCUCCUGGAGAAGAUUUCAGCACCACGGAGAGCUCAGCAGAGAACGGAGAGGGUGGUGGCCAGGAAAGCCACCAUGAACCUGAAGGAGAACAUGUCCUCCUACACGGAAUGGCUUCAACCACCAGUCAGGCUUCUGCCUCCAGUCCCACAGCUGAUCGAUGGAGAAGUGAGGACUUCGCGGAACCUCUGCUUAGCAGCUGCUUCAACCCCACCCUUUGGCUCCACGAUUAAGACAAGUUGGUUGACACUUUUUUCUGCUCUGCAAAGCAUCCCAAAUUUCUAGCAGUGUUUGGAACCUCGUCAUCCAGUCAGUUCUUCCCGUCGGAGAGACAAGAACCUCAGUUACAGAUAGUUCUCGACUUAUGACCACAAUUGAGCCAUAAUUUAUGUUGCUAAGAGAGACAUUUGUUGUUAAGUGAACCUUGCCCCAUUUUACGACCGUUCCUUGCCACAGUUGUUAAGCGAAUCGCUGCAAUUGUGAAGUGAGUAACCCAGUGGUUAAGAAGUGAAUCUGGCUUCCUCCAUCGUUUAUGCUUGUCGGACGCCAGUUGGGAAGGUCACAACUGGUGAUUUUGUGACAGUCACUAAAUGAAUGUUGUAAGUCGAGGAUUACCUGUAGUAAUAGAUUGUUAAAGCCUAUACCCGUGAUGGCGAACCUAUGGCAAGCGUGCCACAGGUGGCAGGUGUAGCCAUAUCAGUGGGCACGUGAUCAGGCCGUUUUUGGCCUCCGGAGGGCCUCCGGAGGGGUGGGGAAGGCCGUUUUCUCCCUCCACAGACUCCUAGAAAGGCUCUGGAGGCGGGGACAGCAAAAAACGGGACUUCCGGUCCCACCGGAAGUUGGCAAAUGGGCUGUUUCCAGCCUCCGGAGGGCCUCGGGGGCGGGGGGGAAGGCUGUUUUUGCCCUCCCCAGACUCCUAGAAAGGCUCUGGAGGCUGGGGACAGCAAAAAACGGGAUUUCCAGUCCCACCGGAAGUUGGCAAAUGGGCUGUUUCCAGCCUCUGGAGGGCCUCGGGGGCGGGGGGGAAGGUUGUUUUCGCCCUCCCCAGACUCCUAGAAAGGCUCUGGAGGCUGGGGAGAGCGAAAAAACAGGCCUACCGUGCCAUUGCGUGCCAGGAGCGGGGGUCGCACACGCAUGUGCGGGGGCAAGGCGCAUAGAAUUAUGGAUGUGGGCAUGCGUGUGCGCGACAGCCCCCCACCCCCACACUUUUGGCACGCGAUGGCAAAAUGGUUAGCCAUCAGUGGCCUAUACAGAGGAAUCUUCUCAGAGUGAUGGUUAGCUUCUUGAGGGGCUGCCCCAGAGAGGAAGGGAUCAAGCUGUUUUCCAAAGCACCCGAAGGCCGGACAAGGAAUAAUGGAUGGAAACUGACCAAGGAGAGAUUCAACCUAGAAAUAAGGAGGAAUUUUCUGACAGUGAGAACAAUCAGUCAAUGGAUCAGAAAUUGCCAUUGGAAGUUGUAGGAGCUUCCACACUUGAGACUUUCAAGAAGAGAUUAGACUACCAUUUGUCAGAAAUGGUGUAGGGCCGUGAUGGCGAACCUAUGGCACGGGUGCCACAGGUGGCACGCAGAGCCAUAUCUGUGGGCACGCGAGCGUUGCCCUAGCUUAGUUCCAGCACGCAUGCACACACCAGCCACCUGAUUUUCAGCCCUUCCGGGCCCACCGGAAGUCAGGAAACGGGCUGUUUCCGGCCUCUGGAGGGCCUCCGGGGGGUGGGUGGGAAGGCAGUUUUCACCCUCCCCAGGCUCCUAGAAAGCCUCUGGAGCCUGGGGAGGGCAAAAAACGAGUCUUCCGGGCCCACUGUGCCAUCGCAUGCCAAAAAAAGGGGAAGCACAGCAGGCUACACGCGCAUGUGCUGGGCGCAUUGAAUAAUGGGUGUGGGCACACACGUACGCAAACCCCCCGCACUCCCCCACUUUUGGCACACGACGGCAAAAAGGUUAGCCAUCACUGGUGUAGGGUCUCCUACUUGAGCGGAGGGUUGGACUAGAUGACCUAAAAAGUCCCUUCCAACUCUGUUAAUCUGUUAAAAUCUGCUUGAACGAUUGAAUCAGGAAGAAAUUCCCUUUGUGAUCCUUGCUUCUGCCAGGCCAGGCCUAUAUCUUAACCCCAGUUUUAGAAAAGAGACAAUGAUUAAAAUAAAGUUUAUUGAGUACACU